CCCUGCAAUCAUAGUUUAACCAUUAUACGGUGCAGGUGCUCUGGUUCGAUUUAUAUUAUUAAAUACAAAUUAGCGAGUCAGCAGUUUUAUCACGGCAGCGAGUUAAUCAACAUCUGGAUACAUCUAGUCUCUGUAGUUUUACACGAUUUGCAACGCCAUUUGUACGUAGAAUUAGGAAAACCCCGUGCGUGGAAGAGGAAUACCACUGAGAAAAUCCAGUGAAAAUGUACGGCAUUGAUAAUUACCCCAAGAAUUAUCAUGCCAGUGGCAUUGGCCUUGUCAAUUUGGCGGCCUUGGGCUACAGCAAGAAUGAAGUCAGCGGCGGGAAUGAAGGAGGAGCCCCCAAGCCCAAAGCGGGUCUCUACCCCUCGCUGCCCUAUCCGUCAUCGGAAUCCGUGGGCGGAAUGCCAUAUGUGGUGAAGCAGACGACUCACGCCCAGAAUGCCUCGUACCCGGGACCUGGAAUGGGCAUGGGAAUGCCAGUGCCAGGAGCCCCAUCUGCACCAGCACCCUAUCCAAGUGCUGCGCCCUACCCAGGAGCAGGUCUUUAUCCCAGUCUGCCUUCAGCUAAUUCAUCGUCGCUGCCGUAUCCCUCUGCGCCUUUGGCGCCUUAUCCAACCGGAAUGCCCUACCCAACUGGAAUGCCGCAACCCAAUCUUCCCUAUCCGGCUGCUCCGCUAGCCCCAUAUCCAUCAGCAAUGCCCGGAUUGCCUGGCAUGCCAAUGCCAUAUGCACCAUUGCCAACGAGCCCGGCUCCCCAGCAUGGUGGAGGAUUCCCAGCUCUGCCAUAUCCCACUGCUCCACCGCCGGCUAGUGCUCCAACUCAGGAGGAAGAACCUUCCGUGGGCAUUGCCGAGCUGAGCUUUACCAGCGUCAAGGUGCCCGAGAACCAGAACAUGUUCUGGAUGGGUAGAAAGGCCACCAGUGCCCGGCAGAAUAGCGUCAGUAAGGGAGAUUUUGCCUCGCUUCGCGACAGCUGCGUGGCUAAUGGAACCAUGUUCGAGGAUCCCGACUUUCCGGCCACCAAUGCCUCGCUGAUGUACUCCCGGCGACCAGAUCGCUAUUACGAAUGGCUGCGUCCUGGAGAUAUUGUGGACGAUCCGCAGUUCUUUGUCGAGGGAUACUCACGAUUCGAUGUCCAGCAAGGAGAACUGGGCGAUUGCUGGCUCCUAGCUGCAGCGGCCAAUCUCACACAGGACUCGAAAUUGUUCUUCCGUGUCAUCCCGCCGGAUCAGGACUUCCAGGAGAACUACGCUGGAAUCUUUCAUUUCAAGUUCUGGCAGUAUGGCAAAUGGGUGGAAGUGGUCAUCGAUGAUCGUCUUCCUACUUAUAAUGGCGAGCUAAUUUAUAUGCACUCCACGGAGAAAAAUGAGUUCUGGAGCGCCCUGCUGGAGAAGGCAUACGCAAAACUCCAUGGAUCCUAUGAAGCUCUUAAGGGCGGUACCACUUGCGAGGCCAUGGAGGACUUUACUGGAGGCGUCACCGAGUGGUAUGACAUUAAGGAGGCUCCUCCAAAUCUAUUCAGCAUCAUGAUGAAGGCCGCCGAACGUGGUUCAAUGAUGGGCUGCUCCCUAGAACCUGAUCCACAUGUUCUGGAGGCAGAGACACCUCAGGGUCUGAUUCGUGGCCAUGCCUACUCCAUAACCAAGGUGUGCCUCAUGGAUAUCUCGACACCAAAUCGCCAGGGAAAGCUGCCCAUGAUCCGAAUGCGUAAUCCCUGGGGCAAUGAUGCCGAAUGGAGCGGUCCAUGGAGUGACAGCUCUCCCGAGUGGCGCUUCAUUCCGGAGCACACUAAGGAGGAGAUUGGCCUGAAUUUUGAUCGGGAUGGAGAGUUCUGGAUGUCAUUCCAGGACUUCCUCAACCACUUUGAUCGCGUGGAAAUCUGUAACUUGUCGCCCGACUCGCUGACUGAGGAUCAGCAGCAGAGCUCUCGCCGCAAGUGGGAAAUGUCUAUGUUUGAGGGUGAGUGGACAUCGGGCGUAACGGCCGGAGGUUGCCGAAACUUCCUGGAGACUUUCUGGCACAACCCGCAGUAUAUUAUAUCGUUGGAGGAUCCCGAUGACGAGGAUGAUGAUGGCAAGUGCACAGCUAUUGUGGCCCUUAUGCAAAAGAACCGACGUAGCAAGCGCAAUGUGGGCAUCGACUGCCUGACCAUAGGAUUUGCCAUAUAUCAUUUGACGGAUAGGGACAUGCAGGUGAAACCCCAGGGUCUGAACUUCUUCAAGUACCGAGCAUCGGUGGCUCGCUCGCCGCAUUUCAUCAACACGCGCGAGGUUUGCGCUAGGUUUAAGUUGCCGCCUGGUCACUACUUGAUAGUUCCCUCAACUUUCGAUCCGAAUGAAGAGGGUGAGUUUAUCAUUCGCGUCUUCUCGGAGACGAUGAACAACAUGGAGGAGAACGACGACGAGGUAGGCUUUGGUGAGACAGAUGAUCGCAUUGCUCCGGCUUUGCCGCCACCAACUCCAAAGGAGGAGGAUGAUCCGCAGCGCAUUGCCCUUCGUCGUCUGUUUGAUAGUGUUGCCGGCAGCGAUGAGGAGGUUGACUGGCAGGAGUUGAAGCGCAUUCUUGACCACUCCAUGCGUGAUGUUAUGGUAGGCACUGAUGGCUUCUCUAAGGAUGCCGUGCGUUCGAUGGUGGCCAUGCUGGACAAGGAUCGCUCCGGUCGCCUGGGCUUCGAGGAAUUCGAGGCUUUGCUUACCGAUAUUGCCAAGUGGCGGGCUGUCUUUAAACUAUACGACACUCGACGCACUGGCAGUAUUGACGGUUUCCAUCUGCGCGGAGCGCUCAAUUCGGCUGGCUACCAUCUGAACAACCGUCUCUUGAACGCCCUGGCCCAUCGCUAUGGCUCGCGGGAGGGCCAAAUACCAUUUGACGACUUCUUGAUGUGCGCCAUCAAGGUGAGGACAUUCAUCGAAAUGUUCCGCGAACGGGACACGGACCACUCGGACACGGCGUUCUUCAAUCUGGACGAUUGGCUGGAGCGAACAAUUUACUCUUAAAUUACCUGCAAUUGAUACUAAUCUAAUCCUAAGUGCCACAACUACUUAAUCUACCUGUGCAUUAUAUUAUUCAUGCAUGCUAUGAGCAAAGCAACACACAGAUCCAUGACAUUACAGCCCGGAGAUACACUCAUUCAGCCAACAAGAGAAUCUUAUCGGAUGACCAAAUCCGGAAAUACAAAAUCAUGUGGCGAAAUUGGAGUGGCCUUGGUAUGGCACGAGGUUGCUAUACGCGAUAAACGAUAUAUAAAAACCUGCAUAAACAAUUUAUACAAUCUACAGUAUAGAUUUUAUACUAUAUAGAGCCACUGGAGGGAUGAUGACUAAGAGUGAGCAUCAUUGGAAAAUCUGCUGGAUAUUUGCUAGUACAAACUGAACAGUGCAUUAUUACCUUACAUUUGCUACGAGCCACUCGAGAAGCCAUUAAUACGCAUCAUCAAUAUUUAUUAGAUAUACGAAAUGAAUAAGCAUGUAUUUUUGUUACAUUGUAAUCUCUGAACCGCCACCAUACACAUUGAAUCAGGUGCUAGAACUAAAUCCGACCGGACUCUGUUGUCCAAACAAAAGUUGUUAUUGUUAUCAGGAAAUGAAAGCGAAACGAACAGACCUUAUCACGCAUCGACUAUUUGUAAGCUUUAUCAGGAUAUGCAAAUAUCAAUAAAUUUAUUGAUAAAUACAAAUUAGUAAUCCCAUAUAAUUUGUAUUCAGUGUUUUGAUCAGCAAUCUCAAAGUUUACCCUAAGCACCCUUCUAUGUCAAAUUAAGUGUUUUCUAACUAAAAUUAACCAAUUGGGAUAAGAGGCUUUUUGUUGAAUGCUUUUACACUAUACUAUAUAAUUUUUGUGAACAAUUUAACUAAUCAAAAUGGUUUAUCUUUAUGUAAUAGUUACAAUCAAAAUUUUAAUUCUUGUAUGUCUAUUUUUUUAUGUAAAUAAAUAAACUGCAUUGAUGCGACAAGACA